UUUUUUUUUUCCUGUUUCCAUGCAUCUGGCCUUGUGCUAACUAUAAGCUUAAGACACAGGGAAACCAUGGGAGACAGAUGCAGCAGACACAGGGAAACCAUGGGAGACAGAUGCAGCAGACACAGGGAAACCAUGGGAGACAGAUGCAGCAGACACAGGGAAACCAUGGGAGACAGAUGCAGCAGACACAGGGAAACCAUGGGAGACAGAUGCAGCAGACACAGGGAAACCAUGGGAGACAGAUGCAGCAGACACAGGGAAACCAUGGGAGACAGAUGCAGCAGACACAGGGAAACCAUGGGAGACAGAUGCAGCAGACACAGGGAAACCAUGGGAGACAGAUGCAGCAGACACAGGGAAACCAUGGGAGACAGAUGCAGCAGACACAGGGAAACCAUGGGAGACAGAUGCAGCAGACACAGGGAAACCAUGGGAGACAGAUGCACUGGAGGAGAGUUCAGUUGCAGAGACCUGCAAAGAUCUGCACCCUCCCCCACAUUUGAUUCCAGGCUUUAUAUGAGCCCUACUCCAGUAAGGAUCCAGUUUAGAUCCUGUGUGGUCACUUCCCAUAUCCUACAGAUAGGGAGAAAAAAUAAAAUAAAGUUAUUCUACUGGAAGACAUUGCCAAGGGGUCUUAGAAACAAGAACAUUGGCCCAGUCUGUCUUCUACAGGUCAUUUAGUGAAGCCACUUGUGAAUGCGUGGCUCAAGCCAGGCUUGGUGGUGCUGCCUUUAAUCCCAGAAUCUCUGUGAGUUUGUGGCCAGCCUGGUCUACAAAGUGAGUUCCAAGGCAGUCGGGGCUAUACAGAAAAACCCUAUCUCAGGAAAAUAGAUAGAUAGAUCAAAGCUCCUCUCUCUAAAUACAUCCCUAAUUCAAGUAGUAGUGCCUACAGUGCCAUUGGUAAAAAAGUCACUACCUAGGGCUAACACAAACUCCUUCCUUCCUUCCUUCCUUCCUUCCUUCCUUCUUUCCUUUCUCUCUCUCUCUCCCUUCCUUUCUCUCUCUCUCCCUUCCUUUCUCUCUCUCUCUCCCUUCCUUUCUCUCUCUCUCUCCCUUCCUUUCUCUCUCUCUCUCUCUCUCUCUUUCUUUCUCUUUUUCUGUCUUUUCAUUAAUUUUUUAAAAUUUGAUUUAAAAAUAACUCCUAGGUCUGGGGUGUACAGUGGUAGAACAUGCACCUACCAUGUGAAAGCGUCUGGCUAUUCCUAGGGGGGAGAGAGCAGGGGGGAGCUAGUCAUAGACCUCGGGACUCAGGAGGCUGAGGCAAGAGGACCGUGGUCCACAGAUCAUGGUGGGAACACCCAAUGCUUUCUCAUAGCCUCUGAAGUAUAAAACCUGCCAGCCUUGUGGCCAGCACCACAAAUCUCCACUUCAAAAUGUAUUAAAAGUUUUACCCACACGCAUCUUGCCUCAACACAUUUGAGUGUUUCUUAUAACCAUAUAAAGAUCCAUCUGAAAUAUAUAUUAUGAAACAUUAACUUGCUUAUAUGCUAGCGGAAAAUAAAUUAAUGCGCAAUAUACAUUAGUGUUCUACUGUAUUAAAUAAUUUUAUGUACUGUCCAAGAAGUAGCUUAAUGAGAAUAUUAGCUUUGGGUGUUGAUGGUGGAGACAUACUCCUUCUUCUUGAUGCCUUGAGAUGACAGCUCUUCAUUUUUGGUUUAUAAGACCAAAGUGCUAUACUAUCAGGGCAUAGAUUGCAUUUUAGUAUUUUAUCUUCAAUUAUUCCUGAGAGUGGGUAUUAGAAUUAGAAUAAUAGAGAAGUAACUAAUAGAAGCCAGUAGUCCAAUGAUAAUAAAGGGGUGUUCUAUGGGUUGACCUCCGAUUCAGGUUAGGAUAAGUAGAUUUGCUACUAAAACUCAAUAUAAGGUUUGAGUGAUUGGCAGAAGAUUAUGAUGCAUGGUUUAGAAGUAUGUGGGAAGGGUAGGAAAGCUAGGACUAGGAUUGAUAAAAUUAGGGCUAGUACUCCUCCUACUUUGUUGGGGAUGGAGCACAGGAUGGCAUAAGCAAAUAAGGGAUAUCAUUCUGGCUUGAUGUGGGGUGGGGUGUGGAGUGGGUUAGCUGGUGUAUAAUUGUCAGGAUCUCCAGGGUCUUCUCUGGGAAGAACAGGACUAAGAUUAUUUUUAAAAAUAGGAUUAUAGCCAGGCGUGGUGGCGCACGCCUUUAAUUCCAGCACUCGGGAGGCAGAGGCAGGCAGAUUUCUGAGUUCAAGGCCAGCCUGGUCUACAAAGUGAGCUCCAGGACAGCCAGGGCUAUACAGAGAAACCCUGUCUCGAAAAAACAAAACAACCCCCCCCCAAAUAAAACCCCAAAAAUAGGAUUAUAACAAAUAUGCCUAAAAUGUCUUUAAUUGUCUAGUAUGGGUGGAAUGGAAUUUGUCUGCGGCUGAGUUUAGGCCUGUUGGGUUAUUUGAACCUGUCUCAUAGAGGAACAAGAGGUGAACGACUCCUAGGGCUGUAAUAAUGAAUGGUAAAAUCAAGUGUAAUACGAAGAAGCCUGUUAAGAUAGCUUUGUCUACUUUGUCUACUGAAAGUCCUCCUCAGAUUCAUUCAACUAGGGUAUUUCCGAUGUGUGGGAUGGCUGAAAGUCAAGUGUGUAAUUACUGCUGUUCCUCAGAGGGAUAUCUGUCCUCGUGGAAGUACAUAGCCUGCAAAUGCAGUGGCUAUGACCAAAAAUAACAGGAUCGCUCCGAUGUGUCAUGUUUCUAGGAAAGUGUAGGUAUAUCCACAGCAUAUACCUCGUCCUAUGUGAAGGAAUAAGCAAAUGUAAUCUUACUUAACUAAGAUUCUAAGAUUGGCAUUUUCAGCAAAUGCUCUCUCUACACAGGCCAUCAGACUCCUUCUGGCUGACUCCAGUAUCUGUGCGAAAAUUGUCAUUUUGGUUUUUCUUUAUUUGUGGAAGAAAAAAAAAUCCCAUAACUGUUUCACUGUCUUAAGCGAGGUUUUUCUAGCUGGGCAGUGGUGGCGCAGGCCUUUAAUCCCAGCACUUGGGAGGCAGAGGCAGGCGGAUUUCUGAGCUCGAGGCCAGCCUGGUCUACAGAGUGAGUCCCAGGGCUACACAGAGAAGCCCUGUUUUGAAAAAUGAAAAACGAGAGAAAGAGAGAGAGAUCCUGCGCCCCCUAGAGUCUGGGAGGUAAACUGGCCUCACUAGGUUAUUUUUAAACAGAAUCUAGAGACGAUAUCUCAAAUUCUUUCUAUUUCAACAAUUCUCAAAGUCUGAGCUCACUCAAAAACCACAGACUCAGAAAAGAAAUCCUAACUAACUAAUGUGGAAAGUCUCGUUCUUGGGAACUGAAAAACCCGGAAGUUUUUCUGAGGCUCUUCGGCUGAGCAAUUGGCCUCAGGGUCCUGUCUCAGCUUCCUCGGGAGGCUGUGUUCUCUGUUGUAAGGAAAGGCCUUCUAAAAGUGGUCAAUCAAGUUGGGGAGCUCAAAUUUUACUUUGGCUGGGGUAGUUUGGGGCAGCUACAGAAAACAAAACAAAACCACGGAACACAGGCAUAAGGGCAAGGGACUCUUGAGCAAGCUUGGUGAUGGCAGGCCUGAGAACUAGUGACAUGGGGAGGAGGCGCCUAGAGUAGAUGUAAGCGUCCACUUGAGUUGCUGCCUACAAGGAAUGGAGAGUUAGGGAGGAAAAAAAGGGGGGUGGGGUGGGAAACAUCUAGCCAAAGGAACAGGGUAGAGUGGCCAGAGUUCCCCGGCCACUUCUAUAUGAGAUGUGGGUGCAGGUGGCUCAAACAGGAAGUCAACUUUGCUUGUAGGGUACAGAACACUUCUCAAAAGCCUGUAGAUAGAAGUAUGGCUGGGCCUUCCCCAAUUCAGCAGACUGCGUUCGCGCUUGUGGCGCGGGUGGGCUGUGGGGAGGAGAGUGAAGCUGUGGGCCGCCUGUACACCAACCAGUCUGAAGAGGGCGCUAGUUACCCCCGCCAAACACUCCUCACCCUCGCCCUGGCUCUCUCUGUUCAUGCAUCGGGUUGGUUUUGGUUUAGGCACGGUUUUACCCAGUGGGUGUUCCUAGGAAGUUGUUUUCCUGCCUGGUUUUGCUGUUCCAGGCAGGUGCUGAUCUGCGGCAGGGGGCUGAGCGGCAGGACUGGCUUUGGAUGCCAGGCCAGGCCGACACGUGGAGGCGUGAGGCAGAUGCCCUUUAGAAAAGUAAUCAGGCCCUUCCCGGACUUUCCAGGAUCAAUUCUUGGCAGGAGGUGUGGGGUUUGAAAGAUAAUUAUCCGGAAUUGACCAGGAAGCUGUGUGCCAGGGCACUUCUCAUGACCGGGGUGGCUGGCCUUCAGGACUUAACCAUGCAAGCCAUUUAUCACACUGACACAGGUGCGGUACCAGGCGUGUGCCAGCUCCAUUUGUAGCAUACCGGAUGCUCUUGACUCUUGACACUUGAUGUGGUAGGCCGAGAGAGGCCAUCCUCAGUCCAGGACUCCGAGGGAGCAAAUCUUUACCUCGGAACUUGUCUAUGUCGCUGGCAUUAGUAAGGUCCGCCUCGGGGACAAAAGCCUGGUGGUGGUGAGGUCCCCUAGGAGCUAGCGUUUGGCUGCUGGGCACCAUGCCAGUAAGAGCCCGGCGUCCUGCGGGGCCUAGGAGAGCAUGACAGGCAGGUGUGGGGACCCAGGAACAGCUAGAGGAUGCUCCAGCUGAGCAUCUCCGGGCUGUGUGCGAUCUGAGCAUCCCUUGGGCGCGCGCGGGGCCGGGGUCAGGGGGCGCGCGGGAGAGGGAGGAGCCGCACAGGGUCGGCGUUCACAGGGCCGGGAAAGUGAAAGGGCGGCCGCUCCAGGAAGUCGACGGCAGGAAGCACGCGACGCGGGCUGCGGAGCGCAGAGAUCAGCCCCCUGAUGGAAGGAAGAGGGGGCAGCACCCAGUAGGACCCAUUUGAGGUUGCUUCCCAGGCUGUGUGAACUGCGGGGCUGUCAGACAACUUUAACCUGUUUUGUGAAGUGUGUGACUUCGGGACUAGAGCACCGAGGUUCGGGGACGACAUAAAUGGCUCUGCUUCCCGUGGGCAUCCGCUUCAUCAUCUCCUUCUCCAGGGAUCAGUGGUACCGGGCUUUCAUUUUUAUGCUGACCUUUCUGCUCUAUGCAAGCUUCCACUUAUCCCGAAAGCCUAUCAGCAUAGUGAAGGGCGAGCUUCACAAGCAGUGUACUGCAGGAGAUGGGCCUGAGUCUCCAUUCAGUGACCCUAGCAGCAGCACCAGGCAUGGCCCCACCCACUGGCUCCUGAACAAUGAGACCGACUGUGGCUGGGCCCCCUUCGAUAAGAACAAUUACCAGCAGCUGCUUGGAGCCCUGGACUACGCCUUCCUGUGCGCCUAUGCCAUUGGAAUGUACCUGAGUGGAAUAAUAGGGGAACGCCUGCCGAUUAGGUAUUACCUGACUUUCGGGAUGCUGGCCAGCGGCGCCUUCACAGCCCUGUUCGGCUUGGGCUAUUUCUACAACAUCCACAGCCUGGGAUUCUACGUGGUGACCCAGAUCAUUAAUGGACUGGUGCAGACCACAGGCUGGCCCAGCGUUGUCACCUGCCUCAGCAACUGGUUUGGAAAAGGAAGGCGUGGCCUGAUCAUGGGGAUUUGGAACUCCCACACCUCCGUGGGCAACAUUCUGGGGUCCUUGAUUGCCGGCUACUGGGUGUCUACGUGCUGGGGCCUGUCAUUUAUCGUGCCUGGGGCCAUCGUGGCAGCCAUGGGGAUAGUGUGCUUUCUCUUUCUCAUCGAACACCCUAAGGACGUCAAGUGCUCCUCCACCCUCCCCACGCACCCUAGAGCCUCUGAGAAUGGCAUAAACAGAUUUAGACUGCAGAAGCAAACCACGUACAGUGAAAAGAAUGGACCUCUGGACCCAGAGCUUCAGUGCUUGCUACUCUCCGACGGGAAGAACCCCCUUCACCCAAGCCAUAUUGUUGUCCUCCCUGCUGAUGGCAACAUGGCCGCCAUCAGCUUCACGGGAGCCCUGAGGAUCCCGGGCGUGAUUGAGUUUUCUCUGUGUUUGCUGUUUGCCAAGCUGGUCAGCUACACAUUCCUGUUCUGGCUCCCGCUGUACAUCACCAGUGUAGAUCACCUGGAUGCCAAGAAAGCUGGGGAGCUGUCCACAUUGUUUGACGUGGGCGGGAUCUUUGGUGGGAUUCUAGCAGGCGUGAUCUCCGACCGUCUGGAGAAACGAGCCUCCACUUGUGGUCUGAUGCUAUUGCUGGCAGCACCCACGCUCUAUGUCUUCUCCUCCGUCAGCAGAAUGGGCCUAGAAGCCACCAUAGCCAUGUUGCUCCUCAGUGGGGCCCUGGUGAGCGGGCCCUACGCACUGAUCACCACUGCCGUCUCUGCAGACUUGGGGACUCACAAGAGUCUGAAAGGGAACUCCCACGCCCUGUCCACCGUGACAGCCAUCAUCGACGGCACUGGGUCUGUAGGAGCUGCCUUGGGGCCCCUGCUGGCAGGGCUCAUCUCCCCCUCUGGAUGGAGCAACGUGUUCUACAUGCUGAUGUUUGCAGAUGCCUGUGCCUUACUGUUCCUGGUCCGCCUCAUACACAAGGAGUUGAGCUGUCCAGGCCCAGCCGCAGGGAUCCAGGCUCCGCUGAAGGAACACUGACCAUGGAGUCCUCUGGAGUGCCUGGGCCCAUCUUACACACACAGUUUUUGGAAAAGAUGAAGUGAAGGAUCCUGUCCCACAAAGGAAGGCUCGCCUUACCACGUGCACCUGGGAGCAACUCGGACUUGCCGUAUAGACAGACGCGGAGCUCAGGCUGACAGUGGGGAGUCUGUCUGUCUGUGUCCCACUGCCUUAAUGGGCCAAGACCCAGUGGUCCAGCCAGCCCCAGCCUGACAGAUGCUCACUGCCCUUUAGCUCUGAACUCUAGCCUGCACAGUGACAGGUAGGACUGUCCUGAAGCACCCAGGUAGCCCACCCCUCUCAGGUAUCAAGUGCAGAAUGUUAUAUAGCCUGUGAGCCCCAGCCAUCCCGCCCCGCUGUUUCCUGAAUGUUCACAGUGAAAGGAUGGGACAUGUCACAGAUGUCUCAGCAACCAACCAACAGCCUCUGAAUAGCAUGUGAAAGCCUGGUCACAGUCAGAGACUGAGCUGGAGUCCACACCCAGCCAUCAUGAAGGCCCAUGCUCAGGACCAGCCACGUCAAGAUGUGAAUGUCUGUGAAGCAAUAAGUCCCCAGCAAGGCAGGGGCACUAGGAAGGCCAGUUCCAAAGCACCGGCGUGUGCCGCGGUCCCCAGAAGAAUGGAGAGAGCGUGGUGGCUGGGGAGGGGACUCUGUUGGUUACCGAGAGCAAUGGGUCUCACCCAGCCAUCCCACUCAUCCCAGACUGGGGUUGUUUCUAGACCCACAGGGAUUUAUUUAUUUUAAAUGUAUGAUGUGUUAUAUAGAUUUUAAAGAGACAUAAAUGGCAUUUUGUUAUUUAUUAAGGCAAACCAUGAUUGUUCCGUGGCCAUCUGUUGUCUUGAUUGUAUCUGCUCUUUGAAAUAAAUGAGUUUUUAUUUAAAAAAAAAAAAA